AUGCCAAUGACUUGGGAUGCCGAUGCCGAUGCCCGGCUCUUUGCAGCGGUGUUGGCCACCUCAGAAAUCAAAAUCGACUACCCUGCAGUUGCGGCUCGGAUGGGAAAUGGAUGUACUGCCAAGGCAGUCACACAUAGAAUCACAAACAUAAAAAUGAAGGCCAGGUCGCUGGAGACCGGCGGAGACGGGGCAUCUCCAACCCCAGCGGCUGCAGCUGCCAGCGGUCGCAAACGUGGGCCAAAGGCAAAGAAGUCUGAAGACAAGGCGGCAGACGGGGACAAACCAGCAGCCAAAAAACAAAAGACGGCCAACGGUGGAAAGAGUGCCAGUGCCAGUGCCACGCACAGCAAGAAGAAAGGUGUCCCGGCUCCGGCUUUUCCUGUUAAGAAAGAGGAGGAGGAUGACGACGACGGUGCUGACGUUGACGACAGCGGUGAAGACGUCAAUGGAGAAGACUCGGCUUGA